AUAGCCAUAGUUGUUUCUGACUUAAGUUUUGUCUUCACUAGGUCUAAAUACUAUGGAGUUCGGGCAGAACGGAGUAACACUUUCACAAGAAGAUGUUGCUUGGGCAGAUUCUUGCUUCAGUAAAGACCCCGACACUGAUUGGGAUUCCCUUAAAUACGCCUUGUUACAAACUCUCGACACCCAAAAUCACUCAUCUUACGAGAGAGAAAACUCUCCCAAAGCAAGAGCAAAUAUGGAUAUCAGUUCUAGUGAAAAUACUAGCGACGAAGGAGAACAAGAACCAAACAGUAACGGCCGUUCAAACGAUGAAAAUACUGACGAAUUCUGGUCGAGACAUAAAAGGGAAGAUGUUUUUCUUCCAACGUACAACGAAAAUACGAGGGACUUUGGAGUUUUCGAUCCCGAGGUGGAUUUUGUUUUUCAAGCGUUUGAAGUGGAGGAAGGGCUAUCAUCAUCGAGCGAAGACAUUUUCAAGACAUGGGAUUUAGGUAUAGCGCCUCGUGAAGACGAAGAAGAAGAUGCUAUGGUGCAGAUAAUUAAAUCCCUUGCAUGGAAAGACUUGUUCGAUGAUUCACUCGAUGAUCUCGUUUCUGGAAUUGCAGGCCUCAGUUUGAGUUCUAAAUCAGGCUAACUACUUAACUUAUUCACUGUUGAUAUUUCCCCUAGCGGCACGAAAUAGCUUAUGCUUAUUUAUUUAGCGUUACAUAUUUCAUUUUAAAGCUCUCUUUCUCGCCUUUUUUUUUCCUUUCGUUUUUUCGAUUCAAUUGUUGGGGACUUGCUUACCUGUCUGAAUGAAACCUGACCACAAAACCAGUUCAAUUACCAAGCACAGUUUUUUUGUUCCAUGGCUUAUGGUUAUAUUCAGACCAAAAUCCUGGGACUAAAUAUUGGCCAUUUAUCACCUAAUCAUAGGCCAAAAAAGGAGACCACAGCCUCAUAUUUAUUUGUGAUGCCAAGAAAAUAUUAAAAAAGAAAAUUUAUUUAUUUAUUUGUUUUUGGGUAUGGUUAUAUGAUGAAUUUGCAACCAGUGGUGCAACAUGCCAAAGCCGGACAAAUUAUCACAUCCACAUGGAGGCUGGUGAUUGGUCCACACAUAACAGCCUCAGAGGACAUAUCUUUCCACACUAUACACUUUUUUAUAUAUAUAGAGAGUUUGUUUGCACACUGAGGAUGUGUGGCAAAGAGAGUGAGAGGGAGAUAAGAUUUUUGAAUAAGGGUUGGCCGUUGCUUCUUAUUUCUAUCACAUUCUCAAGAAAAAA